CAGCGGGCUGAGAAGUGGUCACACGGACGGGCGCAGGGGCCCGGGAGCCGUUGGGCUUGCGUCCCUCCAGCCAUGGGGUCGGCAGCUCUGGAGAUUCUGGGCCUAGUGCUGUGCCUAGUAGGCUGGGUGGGCUUGAUCCUGGCGUGCGGGCUGCCCAUGUGGCAGGUGACCGCCUUCCUGGACCACAACAUAGUGACGGCGCAGACGACCUGGAAGGGGCUGUGGAUGUCGUGCGUGGUGCAGAGCACGGGACACAUGCAGUGCAAGGUCUAUGACUCCGUGCUGGCGCUGAGCGCCGAGGUGCAGGCAGCGCGCGCACUCACGGUGGGCGCCGUGCUGCUGGCGCUGGUGGCGCUCUUUGUGACCCUGGCCGGCGCACAGUGCACCACCUGCGUGGCCCCGGGCCCGGCCAAGGCUCGUGUGGCCCUGGCGGGUGGGGCCAUCUACGCGCUCUGCGGGCUGCUGGCGCUGGUGCCGCUCUGCUGGUUCGCCAACAUUGUGGUGCGUGAGUUCUACGACCCGGCGGUGCCCAUGUCCAAGAAGUACGAGCUGGGCGCCGCACUGUACAUCGGCUGGGCGGCCGCUGCGCUGCUCAUGUGUGGCGGUGGCCUGGUGUGCUGCGGGGCCUGGGCCUGCGCCGGACGCCCGGACUUCAGUUUCCCAGUCAAGUACUCUGCGCCCCGGCGCCCCGCGGCCGGCGGGGACUACGACAAGAAGAACUAUGUCUGAAGGACUCCGGCCCCGUGCGCACACCCGGAGGACUGGUGGAGCGCCCCGUCUUGUCUCCCAGGUGGGUGGGGCUCGGGGGUCACCCAACUGAAGAUGCUGCUUCCUGCGGACACUUUGGGGGCCCUGUGCCCGACAGACAGUCGCCGGACCCUGCUGAGGGGCAUGCCCAACGUCCUUCACUCCAUCCGUGGUGCCCGAGCCACAGGUCCUCACAGACUCGGCCUGGUCUUUCUGCUUACUGCAGCCCAGUGGCUCCCCAGCGAGGCGUGCGGGCAGGGCGUUCAAGCCUCCCCCGCAGAUCAGAGGAACGAGAAUCUGCUUAGUAAAUGGUUUAAACACCCUU